GCCCAAUUUAAUCAGUUUCACAUUAGUGCUUCAGCCGAACGGUUCGCGUCGACGUCUGUUUGCAAAAAAGCGGCGUCUUAAACCAUUCCAGGGACAGCGUAGUGUCCUCUUAUCGCGCCUUUCUUGGUGUGCUCGUGUUUGCAGAAUCCAUAGCCGGAUAACCGACGUCGACAAGAUGCUAAAGUUCGUCGCCAUUGCCACCGUGGGGCUGCUGUUCUGUGCCGUCCAGUGCGUCAAAGUGGACUACUACGGUUCGCUGUACAAUCCGAAGGACGAGCUGCACGCGCCAUACCACGAGAAGGAGGACAAGCAGGACUUUAGCAAAAUUCCCGGCGUGCCCGGUGUCGACUAUCCGAUCUACCACGAGGUGCCGCACACCAGCUUCCACUGUGGCAACGUGCCCGCCAUCCCCGGCAUGUACGCGAACGUCGAAACCGGCUGCCAGGCCUACCACACCUGCCACGAUGGGCGCGAGGGACACCAGGGCGCGUCCUUCCUCUGCACCAACGGUACGCUGUUCAAUCAGAAGGAAUUCGCCUGCGACUGGUGGUACAAUGUCAAGUGCGAGGAAGCGCCCAGCUACUACCAUCUGAAUGCCGACCCCGAGCACAACCCCUUCACGCCCAAGCGCAAGCCGGAGGAAGAGCACCAGCAGCACAAGAAAUUCCUCAUCCACGUCUAGGCUGGUGAUGCUGUUUUUCCCCUUCUGCCGUUGUUGUUGUUGAGAUUCACAUUCUCUCACUCUAUUCAUCCAGUCGCUCUUGUUACUGUUGUAAAUAUUUUUUCGGAAAUAUAUAUGAACUGUUUUUUGAACCUUUUUCAUCACAAU